GUCUAGAUCGUUCCUUGCUCUAUUGUUCCAAGUAAUUAAAACACAGUCUUCUCAGCUUUCAAGCGGAGCGUCGGUCAUUGGGACCAUUUGUAGCGAUGCAUCUCAUUUUCAUAGCAACUGUGUUACUGACACUUACCUUUCAAGAAUCAUUCACAAGCAAAACACUGCCUGAUGCCUCAGUGAGGUUAGUAGGAGGCGCGACACGUUGCAGUGGACAGGUCCAAGUUUACCAGGGGGAAUGGAUGAACCUCUACCGCACCCACUGGGGCGAGGCGGAGGGGCGUGUGGUGUGCCGUCAGCUCGGCUGUGGGGACCUGGUCUCCCCUGAUGCCAACUACAAAGACAAGGCCAGCGCGUACCCGGUGUGGAGCGAACUAGUUUCCUGUACGGGAGACGAGCUGACACUUAUGAACUGUAGUCACAGAAGGAACGCAAGUGAUAGUCUUGGGCCGGAGACGUAUAGGGCGGCUGUUGCUUGCCAUCAAAAUGACCUGCCAAAUGCACCAGAGUCCAUGGCAGUCCGCCUUAUCAACGGAACCACUCCCAACUCAGGCCGGGUCGAGAUCUACUACAAUGGCGAGUGGGGGACCAUCUGUGGACUGAACAGCUGGUCGCUCACCGACGGCCACGUGGUGUGUCGCCAGCUGGGAUACGCAUCCGCAGUGGCCGUCAAGGGUUACAUGGAGCCGUUCGGUCACGGCUACGGAUCCAUCCUGUUGUCGUUUGUGGAUUGCGACGGGCACGAGGAGAAACUGGGCGACUGCCGUCACGAGGGAUGGUACCGUCAUAAUUGUGACCAUUACUAUGAUGUCGGGGUCAUCUGCAAAACAUCAAAUGAAACUGGCAUUCGACUUGUCGACGGCCCGUCGCAAUACGAGGGGCGAGUGGAGCUGUACUACAACGGCGAGUGGGGUACGAUAUGUGACGAUGGCUGGGGCAUAGAGGACGCCCGCGUUGUCUGUCGUCAGCUGGGCUACGGGCCGGCCAUCUCAACCGGGAGGACUUACGGCCAGGGUCAGGGUGCCAUACUGCAGUCCGACGUGAAUUGUCAUGGUUGGGAAACCUCGAUCAUGGACUGCGACAUGCCACGCUGGUACCCAUCUACAGCGGGUUGCCAUCACCGUGAGGAUGCCGGGGUGAAAUGCAACAUACCAGAAGAUCCUUCAGUGAGAGUCCGCCUGACUCACAGCUUUUUGGAUUCGGAGGGUCAAGUGGAGGUGUACCACAAUGGGGAGUGGGGAACUGCUUGCAGUAAUUCCUUUACCAUACGGGAAGCGGACGUCGUCUGUCGCCAGCUCGGCUACCGAAAAGCACUCAAGGUCUUGGAACCAGGCCGCUACGGUGAUGCAGAACUGAUCAUUCUGGACAAUGUGCAGUGUGAAAUAACAUCCAAAAAGUUGGAAGAUUGCCAAGGAUUGGUGUGGUACCCAACGCAUUCGGAUUGCCUAUUGCAACACACAGCAGGCGUUAUGUGCGACAUCAACGUAAUACCAGACACAGUGUCGUCGGUAAAAGUGCGUCUGACAGGGGGCGCUGUUGAGAGCGAGGGCCAAGUGGAACUGUUCUACAGCAACCAAUGGGGCACGGUCUGCGCCUCGGGCUUUGACAUGAAUGCCGCCACGGUGGUCUGUCGACAGCUGGGUUACAACAACGCCAUGUACCUGACAACGGCCGAGGAGUUCAGCGACGGGAGCCGACCGCUCCUCUUAGACAGUGUCAAAUGUCGGUUGGGGACGGAGGAGAACAUCGCCCGGUGUGGGCCUCUGGAGUGGUACCGCCACGACUGGCAUAACUGUCAGCCCGCAGAAUCCGCAGCGGUCGCCUGCCAUGGAUCCAAGAUUGGCGGUGACAUGGAAGUUGUUGUUCGCCUCAGCAAUGGGACUCAGGCGUCCAACGGAAGAGUUGACGUGUACCAUCAUGGUCAGUGGGGGUCUGUCUGCGGGGCAGGACUCGGCAGAAACGAAGCGCAGGUCAUAUGCCGCCAGCUGGGCUAUAGGAGCGGGGAACCGGUGGAGCGGUUUGGAAUGUACGGUAGCGGUGCAGAGCAAGUCAGCAUGUGGGCUCUGACGUGCACCGGUGAGGAGAUACUGGUGGAUAUGUGCACAGACAUUGAGUGGUACGACGGUAGCAAACAUGUCUGCGACAAGGAUCAAACAGCUGGUGUCGUGUGCAAACAAGCAGACGGCAAGAGUAAAUCACCCACUCCAGGCCCUCCGGUGUAUGCAGUAGUCAUCAUCAUCCUGCUUUCUAUAAUCGCAGUAGUGCUGCUUGUGGUUCUCAGCUACUGUGUCUUUCUGAAGCGCUCAAAAAGGAACGCUGCAGCUACACAAAUGAGGUACGCUGUCUUGGACAAGCAAGACAAUUCCACAGCGUACUGACGAGGUUUGGAAGAGCGUCUCGGAUGGAGUGGGCCAAACACAUGAGGUAGUGAGACCAGGAGGUGCCUAUUUGUUUUCAGACGGUCGCAUGGACCUCAUGGAUUCUCCUCUGGAGUAUGUAUAUGAUCAAGGAUUCACUAUGACGUGGGUCUGGAUAUUUUUUUGUACGUUUGAGGGUCGGACUGAGGUUCUGUGAGUUGCUAUCAGUUAGAUGGUGCCUCAGAUCUGUCCCGACAGUGAAGUGAACCUCAAUGAAUACCUCAAGUCUCGACCUCCCAGCAGAAAAGAUUGAGGUUAGCGCUAGCAAUAAACCUUGGCCCCACCCCAUUUGGUGCUUCAUUUUGGAAGCGCGUAGAAUUUAUUUGGUACAACUAAUGUGACAGUGACGUUGUAUAGUUGGAGACUACUAAUGUUGUGUAAACCCGAUUUGACUUUGCGAUUUUCAGGAUAGGUCGGUCAGUUAAGCCAUCUUGUGAAAAACCCGAAAUUAACUGGAAACAAAAAAAACAAAUAGUUUUCAAAACUCACGUGGUGCAAUAUUGUUGCAGAGUCCCUGUGCCCGGUACUGCGCGCGUACUACCUUAUGUUAACAUAAUUUGCUAAGCAAUUUCUUCUUUGCUUAGAGCCUUUACAAAAUUUUGCCCCUGGGCUUGAGUAUUAGGCUAAGAUAAAAAAAAUGUGUAGGGCUGUGCUUUGUGGAUUUCAGCAAAAGUGUGGCAUUUGACCCCAAAAACACACAACUUAUACAAUAAUAAUAACAAGAUUUAUUGCGCGAUUUUCGCAAGUUUCAAUGCGCGACUAAGGACCACCCCGGAAGAUAAGGUACAGAUUUUGUGGAGAGAACGCAUUAGUUUUCAAUCUACGCUUAAUGUUGUCAAGAGAACUGAUAUUACGGAUGUUGUGUGAUAAGGAAUUCCACUAUCCGGGACAUUUUUCAUUGUCUGGGACAUUUUUCAUCAUCUCUGUGAGACCGCUCACAUAUUUUGAAUAAUUGAAUCGAAAAAUGCUAUUUCAAAUAUUAGGUUGAUGAUCAAUUGUUUGAAUAUUCGUUAUAUUUAACACAUCUUGCCCAUAAAGUACUAGUUUUAGUUAAUUACUUUUGCCCAUUUUUAUACUUAUCUUCAAGUUAACUUGGAUCCUCGAUCCUAAUUGGUCGAACCAUGGCAACAAGCCGUGCUACAUAUAGCCAUGUAGCACGGCCAUGGUCCAUACCGUACUUCGCGUAUUGCAAACACGGAUAACCGCUGAGAAGUUUGUGUAGGCUUACAGCAUGCUUGUUCCAUCCUUACUGUGCGUCAUGUUUGCUUUAAGAUAAAUUCAUAUCGCGCUCGCGCUCGCGGAACACGGAAAAUGUAGUGCGUCGUGUCCCAUUCCGUGUUCCACUUGUGCUCGCGGGAUACCUAAGAGUGGAGUUGUGGAUACACAUACCAGUACAUGUAUUGUAGUCCAGCAAUAUGCAUAUGGUGGUGCACGUGCUGUAUUCCAGUAUUGCCCAUUUUUCACCGAGUGAUUAAUGGACAAGAAGGCAAAUUUUAACCACCACCCUUUAAAGUAAAAGCUAAAACCAAAAAUAAAAUUGACAGGGUCAUUUAAAAAUACCUACUUCAUCAAGUGACAGCAUUGUUGGUAGAAUAACUUUACUACUUAUUUUAAAAUGAAAAUCUGAAAAAUAUAUGACUGGAUGGUACUAAUUUUCAAAACACCGCUCUAAGUGUUUAUAACCUUUUAAAUGUUUUGUACUAAAUCAACUCAACCAUUAAGACAUUUGAGGUUUUGAAUUCUUUCAAAUACCAACAUGUAUAAAGUUGGA